CAGGGGCGGACUGACCAUUUGGAAACUCGGGCACUGCCCGAGGGCCCGGGGUCAGUAGGGGGCCCCAUGAGAUGCCCCUGGUACCUUUUUAAUAGGCUUUUUGGAGUUUGGGCAAGGACACAGGGGCCCCAUGACGCUCUAUUGCCCAGGGGCCCCAUGAGUUGUCAGUCCACCCCUGUGUAUAAGCAGGGAGGAAUGGCUCUAAGGAUAAUUGGCUGAUUCACAUGAAGGUGCAGAAGUCUGCCGUACCAUUGAACGCAAUCCCCAUAGGAGGACUGCUGAAGCGUACACUCAUGUUCA